ACAGAACUAGUGUGGCGCACAGACAAGCGGCAGCCCUCACAAAGUGGGAAGUUUUCGCCGAAGGAUUCAGUGUAAAAAUUAAUCACCUUCAUGUCGACUCUGUUGGAUACUAACCCGCCGAUGCUAUGGUUACCUUUAUUACGAUCUUACAGGUGAAUCUAGUGAUGUCCAUCCUGCUGUAUGUGAUGGUCCUCGUGUACCUCUAUGGUAUUCAGGCAACCAACAUGGGUAGCAGUCAACAGCAGCAGCAGCCAAGUCCAGACCCUUUAAACUCUCUCAUAAUCCAGCUGCUUCAGGCUGACCUAACAAGGGGGAAGACCAGAGGGAACCAGAGCGAGCAGGGGAAAAGCAGAGACACUGAGCCGCGGGACACUCUGCCUCCCGUCAAGAUUGAAAACUUUCCUUUGGAGGACAAAGGAGAUGCAGAGGAGUGGCUAGAAACGCGUCACAGUGAUGAUUUUCUGAUGGAUCAGCCGGUGAUGCUGUUGAACUUGGACAUCCUUAGGCAACACAAGCGCUAUAACUCGCCGCGAGUGCUACUGAGCGACCGGCCUCCACUGCAGCCACCGCCAUUGUACCUUUCUGAUAAUUUUGUGAGCAGUGUACCGGUCUUAGGGGCAGCAGGAAACAAGACACGAAAGAAGCGUCACACUGAGCACAAGAGCUACCGGGGGGAAUAUUCUGUUUGUGACAGUGUGAGCGACUGGGUGAUGAAUAAAACGUUAGCAUACGACAUCAAGGGACAGCGCGUGACUGUUCUGGCCAAGUUUAAAACCAGUGCCACAAAAGACAUCAGACAGUUCUUUUAUGAGACACACUGUCGGACCUCCAAGCCUGUCAAGGAUGGCUGCAGGGGCAUUGACGACAAGAACUGGAACUCACAGUGCAAGACGGCGCAGUCGUAUGUUCGAGCACUGACACAGUUUCAAGAUCAAGUGAGCUGGAGGUGGAUACGCAUAAACACUUCCUGUGUCUGUGCAUUGUCAAAGAAACGUCGCAGGACGUAAGAGACUUGUUGGGAAUUCUACUUCCUGUAUAGGAUUUUAUUUCCUGCUCACAGUGCUUCCCAUCACAGGAUUAUGUGUCAUGCCGGUGACCAGCAAAAAUCUGCUAUAAAGUGAUGCUUCUACUGAAGAAUCUUAGGUCCAUUUAAAUGAUAUUUCAACAUUAAUGUGCUGCUCUAAAUCCAAACGCUGGUGCAGCACUGAGGAACUCACUUAAGGGGAUGGGUGGGGGUGUGGGGAGGGAGGCAAUAAGUGUGUGAGAGAGAACUGUAUAUAUAAAUUAUUUAAAUUAUAAAAAAUGCAUGUAGUUUAUACAUGUUUAUCUAUCUAUAUAUGAUCUAUGACUAUAUUUGUGUUAUUUAUUGAAAUAAGUCUUCUUCAAAAGGAUAAAAUGUUUAUAAAAAGGAACAAAACAAUCUAGGAACUCAUUCAGAGACUGUAAUACUGAGCUGGGCUGCAAAGGUGCUUCACAGUAAGACUUUAUGUGUGCCUUGACCAGUGUGGCUCCAGAGCUGAGCAAUAGGACGUGGUAACUCACAGACAGCAUUUGCUGCAAAUGGUUUGGUGAGUGAACCUAAAAAAAAUGACAGAACAGCAGGGACCUACUGACCAAUAUGGAGCCCAAAUUCUGACCGAUUUGACAUUUGUGAUCAUAGACAUGUACACUGCAUUCACAAUUGACACUACUUUUAUGAUGUAAUGCACAGCAAGCCCAUUCUUUCAUAUGGGAGACAAUUUUGACCAAUAAAAAAAACUUCUUGUGGAACCUGCUGGCAGUGACUGGAGAUUCAAGAUUCACAGACCACCUUGGCUUUGUUCACCAAUUUUUAAUCUCAACUGGUAUCUUGAGCUGUUUUUGUUUCUUCCUUUUAAUAAAAAUGUAUAUUUCUUAAA